CGGUCCCUGCGGCCGCAGCCCCUACCCCAACGCUGGGUGGCGUGUAUGAGCCACCCGCCGUCCUUCCCAGUACCCCAAAGUAGCGCUGCAAUAAACUGCAUUUCUCCCCCGGCUCGCGCGCUAGGCACCCUCGGGGGCUCGAAGGAAGCAGGAAAUAGCUUGAGUCACAAUAAUACACAGGAGCAGCGGCCGAGGCCACUCGCGCCCGCCCAUUCGCUGGGCCGCCUCCAGCACUCCGGCUCCGCGAGGCGCCGCCGGCGACGCGCGCGGGGAGCGCAGUGGACACCGGCCCAGCAGCCGGCGCCGCGUCGGAGGCUCCCAGGCGCCCGUCAGAGCCGCCUUCGCCCUGCCCCCAACUCCGCCGACUGCCGCCGCCACCCGCCUCCAGGGUGCGAAGUACCACAUUAUUAUCAUCUCCCUGUGAGUGGGAUUGGCACCCCAGCUGCACCUCCUGGCACAAGUGCCCCAGGAAACACAGACUAGUGCCGGUUGACAGCCUGCUUUACCAGGUACUUGCUUUUUUGUCUCUCAUCAGCCUAGUUACUGGCUUUCCUCCACCAAAAGUGUGAUGUAAAUUAUGUCACAUCCUAGAAGUCAAGGCCACCAUUUUCGAUGUUGCUGAUAGUGAAACUGUUUAAUAGCCAAGAAAAUUUAAUUGUAAUGGCCUAUUUCCCAAAGAACAGAAAGAUCUUACCUGCAUUUAUGAUCUGAAUUGAUAGGUAAUUUUGGGUGAAUGCCAACUGUGGUGCUUCCUGCUAAAGCAUGUAAGUCCAACCCCCGUAGUUCAGAAUAAAUGCCUAGCAAGGUAUUUUGAUGUCUAGGGUUAUAGGUCAUUUUGGUAGGUCACGUUUGUUCUAUUAGCUUUGAGGUAUCAGAAUUAUAUAACAGUGGUAAGCACUUUGCUGAAAAUAAAAAAGACGUCAGUCACACUGGCUUCUAAAGAUUAAUUAUGUACAGGCUUUUAGCAAAAUAGGUGAGUAUUAUCUAUUUACUGAUUCAAUUUUAAGUACGAAUUAAAUGGGAUUUACAAGGUAUUAAAUUUUAUUUUGACAGAUGCUGGGAUGUAUUUGUUCUUAGUUACACUUUAACCACUGAUUAUAGGCCUGACCAUGGAUGGCUGGAAUGGGGUUAGAAUUUUUUCCAUGUGCUUGUUUCAUAAUUCCUGUCUGUUUAAGCUCGAGGACCCUGCUGGGGUGGAUUCCAGCUGCAUGUCAGCAUUGGAGUUUAGUGGAGUGUGAAUAGCAGAUAGUUGUUCAAAUCCUAGGGUUCCUGCCUUCCGACUCUGUGAUCUUGGGCACAUCUUAAUGUCUGAGAGCCCCAGAUCUGUAAAAAGGGAUGUUAACAUGAAGCUGAAUGAGUUAACAUAUAGCAAGCACUGGGCACAAACCGAGGCCUUAACCGAGGCCUUUCUUAGAGUCUAGUUGUCCAAAUGGGGACACUUGUGU